GUGUGUGAGCGCGUGCGUGUGUGUGUGUGUGUGUGUAAAAUUAAACAGUGACCUGCGCUGUACAUUGACGACUACAGUAUGUCUUUGAAACUACCUCGCAACUGGGAUUUCAGCACUUUCAAACUUGAGACGGCUCGCAUUGCUUGCAGGUGGAGGCCUCAGGCAAUGAUGCGGCAACUUCCUGUUUACACCGGCGAGGUGCUACUUCUUCUCUUCCUCUCUAUCUUUGCGUCACAAGACACGGUGAAUUGAAGAACGCGCGCUAAGAGCAUACUAUCUGGUGAGGGAAGCCCAGGUUCGACUGCGGGCUCACGACGCUCCAUGGAGAGGCCUUUGAAGACCGGCUGGCUCAAGAAACAACAAAGGUCUUUAGUGAAGAACUGGCACCAGCGCUACUUUGUGCUGAGGGGAAGCACUCUGACCUACCACAAAGAUGACCGUGAAACGGCCAUCCUGGGCUUUAUCCAGCUUCAGUUCAGUAAGGUCAAUGAACUCCCCUUAAACUCAGAUGAGCCUGGGAAGUACAUCUUUGAAAUCAUAUCAGGUACCAGUGGGGACAAGGAGCGAUGCCCUCAUCUGUUCAUGGCCAACUCCCAAACUGAUAUGGAUGAGUGGGUCCGCACUCUGCGCAGAGUCAUCGGUGUUCCGAGUGGAGUGUUUGGAAAAAGUCUCAGGGACACAGUGAUAUAUGAGCAACGUUUUGGGCCCCAGAUGGUGCCCAUCCUGGUCCAAACGUGUGUGGAAUAUAUCAGGGAACACGGUCUAAAUGAGGAGGGCAUCUUCCGUCUCCCUGGUCAGGACAACACUGUCAAACAAUUCAGAGAUGCCUUCGACGCAGGAGAGAGGCCGUCCUUCCCCAGUGACACAGAUGUCCACACAGUGGCGUCACUGCUCAAGCUGUAUUUGCGGGAGCUGCCAGAGCCUGUGGUGCCAUGGACUCAGUACCAAGACUUUUUGGACUGCAGCAACAUGUUGGACUCUGACAAUAAAGCAGGUAAAGAAAAGUUAGACAAGCAGAUCACCCUCCUCCCUAGAAUCAACUACAAUCUCCUAAGUUAUGUCUGCCGGUUCUUGUUUGAGGUGCAGCUGAACUCCAAAGCCAACAAGAUGAACAUAGAGAACCUUGCCACGGUGAUGGGAAUCAACCUGCUCAAACCGCAGUUAGAAGACCCCAUCUCAGUGAUGAAGGCAACUCCUUCCAUCCAGCGGUUGAUGACUGUGAUGAUCCGACAACACGAAGAUUUCUUUCCCCUUUGCAACGACGUGCCUCCCUCGCCUCCCUCCAGCAAGACCGAGAACCAGAAGAACUCUCCUCGCAACCUUGUGGGCUGGGGGUCUACUGAGAUUGGUGAGAGUUCUUUUUCGGAGUCAACCAAGAUGGAUAAAAUUGACAGUCCAGGUUCCCUGAGAGGAAACAGCAGCGCUCCAGAUGUUCUUCAAGAUUCUGUUUCAUCUUCUGACAACUGGUACGGGAGCCCUCGCAAACGCACCCAAACUCUGCCCACCUUCAAUUGCCCCCUCACAGGGAUUGCGGCAAAGGCUGGCACCAUCAACCGCUGGAGUCGCAUCCAUGAGCUAGUGGAAGACAAGAGUGGGACGUUGUCAGACGACAUCUUCAAGAUCCUGGAUCUCCACAGUUCAGGAUCUUUUUUAAAAGGGUCACCAACAAACAUCAAGGAGGGAGCGGUAGCGUUCGGUGUGCAAGAAGGAGCGGCUAACAAGGCUUCCACUACUUCCAGCUCCCAAAAAACUGACAGUUACUCCCAGUCUGCUCAGGCCCAAAAGGGUGCUGAUCUCGGUUUAAGUCAGGAGGUCAGCAACAGGACUGCACAGAAGAAAGAUUGCAAGCAGUCUCUUGACAGUAUGCAGCAGGAGAUAAAGGAGCUGAGGGCCACUGUAGUUGAGCUUCAGUCUACUCUGGAGGCAGAGCGUUGCCGUGCGGCAGCCUUGGAAACGUGCCUAAAAAACACCGAGCGGAGCCGGGAUGAAGCUCAGAGACAAAAUGAAGAACUGCAACGGGACAUUCAACGGUUCUUCAGUCGAAAGCCCCAAACUCCCACUUAACGUUGAGGAAAUGCUAUUGUUUUAGAGUUGAUGUUUCUUCUUAGCUGCUGAUCCCAGAUGAGAAGUUUUUGUUGGCUCCUUUGUGAGCGGACUGUUAAGUAGAUAGAUCUUUUCAAAUGAUAAGGAAAUCUUUCUUGUGAUACAUUUUCUCGUCCUGCAAGAGAACUAUCAUAUCAAAUAGAUUAGUGCCUUUACGUUUACAAUGACUGAUUGCACUAUGUGUUGCUGUAGGCAUGUUAACCACAACACACAGAGCGGACAUGGCAUCUGGAAGGCUGAAAUUUACAGUAGAGUUUGCUGUGUGGGGUUAUGUGGCGCAAAGGCUGUUUAACAUUUCAGGAGGAAAGAAUUGCAGAAAAGAAAAUGAAAGAAAGUAAGACAGACCUGACCUUUAUACACCCUCAACUAAUCACCGGCCAAUCGUGGAUAUACAGUGGGUACGGAAAGUAUUCAGACCCCCUUAAAUUUUUCCGUCAAAUCCUUGAAGUAAAUUUUUUCCCCUCAUUAAUGUAUACACAGCACCCCAUAUUGACAGAUUUAUUCAAAAAGAAAAACUGAAAUAUCACACAGCCAUAAAUAUUCAGACCCUUUGCUGUGACACUCAUAUUUAACUCGGGUGCUGUCCAUUUCUUCUGAUCAUCCUUAAAAUGGUUCUUCACCUUCAUUGGAGUCCAGCUGUGUUUGAUUAUACUGAUUGGACUUGAUUAGGAAAGCCACACACCUGUCUAUAUAAGACCUUAGAGUGCAUAUCAGAGCAAAUGAGAAUCAUGAGGUCAAAGGAACUGCCUGAAGAGCUCAGAGACAGAAUUGUGGCAAAGCGCAGAUCUGGCAAAGGUUACAAAAAAAAAUUCUGCACCACUUAAGGUUCCUAAGAGCAAAGUGGCCUCCAUAAUCCUUAAAUGGAAGACAUUUGGGAUGAUCAGAACCCUUCCUAGAGCUGGCCGUCCGGCCAAACUGAGCAGUCGGGGCAGAAGAGUCUUGGUGAGAGAGGUAAAGAAGAACCCAAAGAUCACUGUGGCUGAGCUCCAGAGAUGCAGUUGGGAGAUGGGAGAAAGUUCUAGAAAGUCAACCAUCACUGCACCAUUUUAGCAAAUGGUUCCAAUAUAACAAAGACUGAAAAAUUUAAGGGGGUAUGAAUACUUUCCGUACCCACUGUAAUAUGAUAUGUUGUAUAAGAUGUUAUUUCAACUGAGUAUCAAUAUUUAUUUGUGGAAAACUAUAUGCUAUAAUAUUGUUCAAAAUCUUUUGUACAAUGUUUUUAUACUCUGCAUUUUGGAAAAUAAAGGCCUUUGCCCGCGAAAUACUA